GGUGAUAGUGGUGCCACAGGUGGGAUAGCUAAAUGGGCGGGAGUCUCGGCUAGAGCCACCAGACCGCCAGAAAGCAGCGGACGAGCAGGAGUGAGCUCGCCAAGCAGCAGCAGCUGUAGAUCUGAUUCACGGCGGAACGAUAGGCGAACAAACCCGUCUUUCGAACAUGAUGUUCCAGCCCAACAUGAUGCGCACGGCCAUGCUUGUCACCGUGCUCGUGCUGCUCAUUUUCUUUCUGUACCCGGCUGCCAUCGUACGCCUCAUCGUUGCCUCUGGCGAGCUCAAUCCCUUCCGGAACCUCACCCUGCCAAGCCAACACCAUCGCCAGUAUGCCGAAUCCGGACGCUUUCGCAGCAGCGGGAAUCUAAAGGGUGUCAAUGCGCAAAACGCUAACAACGUCACUGCGACAGAGGCCAUCGUCGGCUUUACGUCUACCACUGUCGUGCGCUCUGGUUCAAGCAUCACUUCCAGUAUUGCCUCUAGCACUUACUUCCCUUCUGCACCCGCCACAUCUUCCAGUAUAGUUCCGAGUACUGCCUCCCGUGAGGAAACCACUCGCAACGCGAUAGUUGUUGGUGGUCGUCUGUUUGUGAGCCAUAACCUUGCCCCCGUGGAGGUCUUGCCAACCCCAAGCGCGCCUGCCGGACUGCUCUCCAGGCGGAUACACGCUCGACACGCCCGCGCCCACCGAUGGCCAGAGAUGCCUGCCGUCUAAGACUUUGACUGACGGACGGCGACAUUUUAUUUGAUCUGAAUAACUUUAAAACAAUAAUACGACUAAAAGAUCUCAACCAAACCGCCGUUUUUCCGCGGACCUCUUCGGAGGAAAAAGGAUUGACUGACUAUAAUACUGAAAAGAGGACUCUACGGCCAAGGGUAUUGUAAAAAAAUAAUAUGUGUUAGAAACGCAAUUGUAUACGUCUAAGUGUUCAUAAAGUAGUUUUAAUACCUUUGUUGUACAUAUUUGAACAUUUGAACACGUCACAGAUAAAUUAUUAAUGACUAA